GUAAAUGUUUUGAAUCGUACCGUAAACCUUUCCAACAGUUCAUAAACAAUGGAAAUCUUAGACGUGCUGCUAGUGUUUUCACUUCUAUCGACACUGAAAGCUGAGAUUCUUUUCACCAAUGUCAGAAACAAAAGAGCCAAUCAGGACAACUUCGAUGUGCUAUUAAAUAUUUAUAAAAUGAAUCCUUUGCGUCAAUCGAACGUGUUCAGGACAUUUUCAAAUCAAAUACUUUUACCGCGUCCGGAACAGCGCGGCGGCAUGAAUUUAAAUAUAAAAGAAAGUGGCAAAGAGAAACAAAACAGAAUUAAUUCUAAAAGGCGAUACGGCGAAAUCUUUCAUCAUUCUAAACCAAGCAAAUUAUACACAGUACCUUUGAAUGUAGAUAACAUAAAAGCUGAAAAGUUCGAGUCAGAAGAUUUCCUAGAUAGAUUACUAUAUAUAAAUCAAAUUAACAAUGACGAUAGAAGAGAUGAAGAUAUUGAUAUCUUUCAAAAUAGCGCACAGAAAUACAGAUCGAACCCACAAAUCAAAGAUGAUAUUUUUCAUGAGAAUAAUGAUAAAAUGUUACCUAGAAAAAAAACUGUCCACGACAAACACCAUUAUCGACAAAACGAAGUAAUAAUAGCUUAAAUAUAUAUAAUUUUACAUUUUAAACAUAAGCCAUAAUAUAAUUUACAAAUUAAAAUUAAUGUAUGUACCGAAUAUAA